CACCUCACAGUGUAUUUUAGACUUUUCAACAUUCUGCAACAUUCUAACUAACGGAAAUACGAAUUCUACUAAAAAAAGGCCUACAAAAAAUAUGAAUCUUGUAAUAGUGUUGGUGAUUAUAACAGUAUUGCUGAAUUUAAGUAAUGCAGCUCCAAAUGCGAUUAUUACCAACGACGAUCUGAUUGAUGGCAAAUAUUUAUGUGAAGCUGGCACCAAAAAAUAUGAUGGGCCGUUUAUUGUCAGAAUUCUAUCUGCAACAAAUGGACAAACGCUCAGCUGCUUUGUGUGUGGUCAGCAGGAUUACAAAACACACGUAAAGUCAUGUGUGGAUCGUUUGAUAUUGGAGAAAGCAGGCGGCAGCAGCAGCAGCCAUCGAGCCGAACAAUUUCCAUUCGUUAUUAAAAUGGAUCCCAUUUACAAUCGAGACUCCUCCUGGAGCAGUAAACUCAAAAGGAACUUUGAUGAAAUUGACAAAGCCUCGGCCAGUUUCAGUAUACUGAAUCAACUUGUGAAGUGAUCAAAUUUUCUACACUCUUACCCACUGACUUUGUAAUACUGACACUGAUAUGGAAAUGAGCUUCAUGUCAAGGGAAAAUUUAUGAAAAAAUGCAUGUAUACAAUUAUUCUAUUCAUUCUAUUUGUCCUUG